GCAAUAUGGCUGUAGAAUAUGAGUUUCGCUGGUAGAGUGCGGUGCUCACAUCAUUUCAAAUAGAACGGAGUAUUUCUGACGGUUCUAAAGUUUCAUUUUUAAUUUUUUAGUGAUUGUUUUUUCUGUUUACCUUCUUUUAAUCAAAUUUAUGUGGUAAAUUUACGUGUUUUUCAUUUCCGUCGUCACCAGAAUUCAUUCGACGACAAAAUGGCGUCGCUUGACAAGAUAUUACUGAAAAAUAGUUUUUCAUAUUUUAUUAGUUUUUCUUACAAAUAUGUUUAAAAACAUUACCACAGGUGUUUUAUUAGCUGUUUUCUCAAUGAAAUCCUCACUUUUAAUUAGUUUCGUUUGUUAAUUAUAUAAGUAACGCCGUUUUCUUUGAAUUUCCACAAAAUGCUCUUGAAAGGGUUUAUGACUGAAUCAGGCAGUGAGUCAACAAGUGAGAAGGGAGAGAAGAGUGAUUCCAGUGGAUCAGGCUCAGGGAGUGAAAGUGAUAGUGGAUCAAGCUCAUCAGGUUCAGGCUCUGUCGGAAGAUCAGGGUCAGAAAAAUCUUCUGCAGGAGAUAGAUCACAUCACAGUGAUGACACCAAGUCUUCACCAAAACACAGUAAUCCUAAUUCUUCUAAAUCCGAUCAUCAUACUGAUAAGGAGUCCACUGAUGAUGAUUCACCAACAAAAUCAAGACCUAGAAAUAAUCAUGGCAGGGUAAAAUCAGAUCUAUGGGAAGAAAAUCCUGAUAUAUAUGGAAUCCGAAGAUCUGCAAGAUCACGUAAAGAACCCGAUCGUUUAAAAUUAGCAGAUAGUGAUUCCAGCGAGAAAGGAAGAAGUAAUCAUAGGAAAAGUAGGAAAAAAAGUGAUUCAUGGAAUUCAAAUACAUCAGAUAGUGAUAGUGAUAUGAAAGGUUCACCACCACCACCAUCAAAAAGACCAGGCCAAAGAAAUGUACCUCUCAGAAAAAAGAAACCUACUAGGAGAAGAAGGUUUUCAAGUGAAGAAGAGGAGAGUACAGAGGGCUCAGAUGAGGAGACGAAGAGUCGAACAGCUACGAGACGUACAGGUGCUGCAGUCAGCUAUAAGGAAGCUAGUGAUGAACAAACUGAUUCUUCAGAUCUUUUGGAGGUGGAAGGUGGCGAGGGUGAUCCAGAUGCUGAACCCGAACCUGAAGACCAUAGUGAAACAAUUGAAAAAGUUCUGGGAAACAGACGUGGGAAGAAAGGAGUCACUGGCAAUGUGACAACAGUGUAUUAUAUAGAAGAGCAUGGAGAUCCAAAUGAAGGAUGUGACCCUAAUGAUGAGGAAUCGACAGAACCUCAGUAUUUGAUAAAAUGGAAAGGAUGGUCUCAUAUUCACAACACUUGGGAAUCUGAAAUGUCACUAAAUGAACAAAAAGUUAAAGGCCUUAAAAAAUUAGAGAAUUAUAUAAAGAAAGAAGCAGAAUUGUCCUGGUGGAGACAACAAGCAGGCCCUGAAGAUAUUGACUAUUAUGAAUGUCAAUCUGAAUUGCAACAGGAAUUGGUGAAAACAUAUAACAAUGUAGAAAGGAUAAUAGCCGAACAAACAAGAGAAUUAGAAACAGGUGGAGUUGCCCAUGAGUAUUUCUGCAAGUGGGAAUCUUUAUCUUAUGCCGAGGCAACAUGGGAAGAUGCAACAUUAAUAGAACGAAGAUGGCCCGAGAAGGUGGAAAACUUUAAAUACAGAGAGGCUACCAAAACUACUCCAUCAAGACAUUGUACAGUUUUAAGGAGGCGGCCUAAGUUCCAUCAAGUUAAAGAACAGCCAGAAUACAUGGGAAAAGAUCAGACUUACGUAUUAAGAGAUUAUCAAAUGGAUGGAUUAAAUUGGUUGAUACAUUCCUGGUGUAAAGACAACUCUGUCAUAUUAGCCGAUGAAAUGGGUUUAGGUAAAACAAUACAGACUAUCUGUUUCCUGUAUUACCUCUUCAAGUCGCAACAACUAUAUGGACCAUUCCUAUGUGUUGUACCUCUUAGUACCAUGACAGCAUGGCAAAGAGAGUUCCAGCAAUGGGCGCCAGAUAUUAAUGUUGUCACAUAUAUUGGAGAUGUGGACAGUCGAAAUAUAAUUAGACAAUUUGAAUGGAGUUUUGCAAGUUCUAAAAGACUAAAAUUUAAUGCUAUAUUAACAACAUAUGAAAUCUUACUCAAGGACAGACAAUUUCUAAGGUCGUUUAGUUGGGCAUGUUUGCUAGUAGAUGAAGCUCAUAGACUAAAAAACGACGAUUCUUUACUUUAUAAAGCUCUAAAAGAGUUUGACACGAAUCAUCGACUGUUGGUAACUGGUACACCAUUACAAAAUUCAUUGAAAGAGUUAUGGGCGUUAUUACAUUUUAUUAUGCCUUACAAGUUUGAAACGUGGGAAGAUUUUGAAAAAGAUCACGAGGAUGCUGCUACAAAAGGAUAUGAAAAGCUGCAUAAACAGUUGGAGCCUUUCAUAUUGAGACGGCAGAAAAAAGAUGUGGAAAAAUCAUUACCUGCAAAAGUAGAACAAAUAUUGAGGGUGGAAAUGACAUCCAUUCAAAAACAAUACUAUAAAUGGAUAUUGACUAAAAAUUAUACUGCGUUACGAAAAGGUGUUAAAGGCUCAAUCAAUACCUUUAUAAAUAUCGUUAUCGAGUUGAAAAAGUGUUGCAAUCAUGCACUUUUGACAAAACCAGAAGAUUUUGAGACUAGAGCUUCACUUGCAACAACAGAUGCAGUAGAGAAACUUUUACGAGGCUCAGGCAAAUUACUUUUAUUAGAUAAACUACUUUGUAGGCUAAAAGAGACUGGCCACCGAGUUCUUAUAUUUUCUCAGAUGGUUCGAAUGUUAGAUAUAUUGGCGGAGUACUUGCAGAGAAAGCAUUUUCCAUUCCAACGUUUGGAUGGAAGCAUAAAAGGUGAAUUGCGGAAACAGGCCUUAGAUCAUUUUAAUGCUGAAGGUUCUCAGGACUUCUGUUUCUUAUUAUCAACACGAGCUGGGGGCCUUGGAAUAAAUUUAGCAACAGCAGAUACAGUUAUUAUCUUUGAUUCCGAUUGGAAUCCACAGAAUGAUUUGCAGGCUCAAGCUCGUGCACAUAGGAUUGGGCAGAAAAAUCAGGUUAAUAUUUAUCGGUUAGUCACGGCAAGAUCAGUAGAAGAAGAUAUUGUAGAAAGAGCCAAAAGAAAAAUGGUACUAGACCAUCUAGUUAUACAGAGGAUGGAUACAACGGGAAGAACUGUGCUUAAUAAACGGGACGCCUCGGGGACUACUGCAAAUAAUCCCUUUAACAAGGAGGAUUUGAAUGCAAUUUUGAAGUUUGGUGCAGAGGAAUUAUUCAAGGAUGAUGAUGAGAAUGAUGAGGAGCCUGUCUGUGAUAUUGAUGAAAUUUUACGAAGAGCAGAGACUCGUGACGAAGGACCAACGUUAGCAGGAGAUGAAUUAUUAUCUGCAUUCAAAGUUGCCAGUUUUGCUUUUGAUGAAGAGAAGGCCGUAAUGGAUGUUAAAAAAGACAAUACGGAAGAGGAGAGCAAAGACUGGGAUGAUAUUAUACCUGAAAAUGUACGCAAUACAAUAGCUGAGCAGGAAAAAAAUAAAGAAAUGGAAGAUUUGUAUUUACCACCAAGAAGAAAGAAUUUGCAACAGAAUAAUGCUGAUAACAAAGGUGGACGUAAACGGCGUGGACGUGGUUCGGGCGAGGGCGAUGGGGACGGAGACGCCGAUGGUGACGGUGACGCUGAAAGCGAUGGCUCCGAGGGGGACGCUAGUGCCGACGACGACCGACCUCGAAAACGUGGCCGGCCUCCUGCAUCGCAUAGGGAGAAGAUCAAGGGCUUUACUGACCAAGAGAUACGGCGAUUCGUCAAAAGUUACAAGAAAUUCUCUGCACCCCUGAAACAUUUGGACAGUAUAGCCUGUGAUGCGGAAUUACAAGAGAAGCCGUUAGCGGAAUUGAAGAGGCUAGCUGAAAUUUUAGAGGAAAGAUGUAAAGCUGUGUUAAAUGACGCAACAGAAACACCCAAUGAACAAACUGAAGGUCGUAAAAAUACCAGAAAAUCUUUCAAACUCGGUGGUGUACCUGUUAAUGCUAAAACAUUGACAGCUUGUUUGGACGAGCUUGCGCCUUUGAACGACUUCUUGCCAGAAACUAAAGAGGAAAGAUUAAAAUGGCAGCUUGACUUCAGGACAAGGCCAGCUAAUUUUGAUGUUGAAUGGGGAAUUGUAGAGGAUUCAAAGUUACUUGCGGGUAUUUAUCAAUAUGGUAUGGGCUCAUGGGAAGCAAUAAAAAUGGAUUCUUCCUUUGAAAUUGGUGAUAAAAUCUUAACUAAUGAAGAUAAAAAACCUCAAGCGAAACAUUUACAAUCACGUGCAGAGUAUUUAUUAAAACUAAUUAAAAAGUUGCAAGAUCAAAAGAAUGGUAAACAAAAACAAAGGAAACCACGAAUGAAAAGAGGCAAUAAGGAACCUGUUACUAAAGACAUAAUAGAAGACGAUGUGAGUUCUGGUGAUGAUAAAAAAAGUAAAACUAACAAAAAUGAUAAGGUUGAUAAGGGUAAAUUGAAAUUAGAGGAAGUCUCAACGCAUGAUGAAACUUCCAAUGAUAGAAAAGAAAAAGACAAAAAACGCACAAAAAAGGAAGGCAAAGAUAGGACAAAGGGUGAAAAAGUUAAAGGGCGGAAAAAGCCAGCUGGACCUAUGCAUUUUACUGCUAAUAAUGAGCCAAGGGCAUUGGAAGUUUUAGGAGAUCUACAUCCAUCAGUGUUUGAAGAGUGUAAGGAGAAAAUGAGGCCUGUUAAAAAAGCUCUUAGAGCUCUUGACAAUCCAGACCAAACAUUAUCAGAGACUGAACAAGUUACCAGAACACGCGCAUGCCUUUCUCAAAUAGGGAAUCAAAUAGAUAUAUGUCUUGAGGCAUAUCCUGAUCCUGAAAAGAAAGUUGAAUGGAGAAGUAAUCUCUGGUAUUUUGUAUCAAAAUUUACCAAUUUUGAUGCAAAACAGUUGUACAAGUUAUAUAAAUAUGGCCUUAAGAAAAAUGUGGACACUAAACAAAAAGAUGGAAAACACAAAGAAAAUGUUAAGACUAAUAAUAAGAACAAUCAUAAUUCAAUUAAUCAUGUAAAAAUAAAUAAGAGAGAAAUUCAAAAUAAUGAUUUAAAUAAAAAGAAAGAAAAAAGAAUAAAAAUUGAAACGGAAAAGGAAAAGUCAGAUAAAUCAAAUGAUAAGAUACCACGUACAUCAGGUGUUAAGAGAAAACUUGAAGAAGGAGAAUGUGAUCCAGAACCUAAUGAGAACAAACGUCACGAAAGACAUAAAUACAAGCACAAGGAUCACAGGAAUAGAGAUAGGAGUUUGAAGCGGGACGAUUUGAUAUACAGAGACCGCAGCCGGCCGGAUCGUGAGCGGGAUCGAGACCGUGACCGUGAUCGUGACCGCGAUCGCGACCGCGACAGAGAACGAGAUCGGGAUCGAGACCGGGAGCGGGAUCGCGAACGAGAGCGAUCACGAACUCGUCGGGACAGUGGUGGUGUAGGACCGCCACGAGUGCGACCAUCCUACACAAUGCCACAUCCCAAUACAUUGCAUCCUGAGCAUCCGACGCAUCCUGGCUGGACUCCUCCAGCUUAUCCUGGACCGAGACAGUAUCGUGGCGAUCGUAAUCCACGACCGCAUGAUAAAAGACGAUACGGUAGCGGUGGAUUCGUCGGCAUGGCAGGACCUUACGGCGGAUAUUACGAAGGUUCAACCAUGCCAAGUGGUAUGGGCUUCCCACCGGUUCGUCCUUAUCCAGAUGAGUGGCGGGGUUACCCCUCUGAUUAUUCCUAUGAAGAUCGGGAGUAUGAACGUGAAGUUUACAGACGAGAUUAUGAUAGACGCGCGCCGCCUACUUAGUUUGUUUUUUGAACUUUGAUUCUUUGUAAAUAUUUGUAUUUCUAUUGUAAAUAUUGGGUAGGUGAUCUCUUUCCAUGGACGCUGGUUUGACCGAAACCGUAAAGUGUAAGUGACAAAAUAGUGCUGUGGUUUUUAUCUAUGUGAUAAGUAAAGCGCAUCGAUUCAAAUAAAGACGUUGAUUAAUAUUAUUGUGACUGUGUUUUGUAAGUAAGACUGUAUAGUAAAUUUAUUUAUUACCGAAUAUGUCGAUUGAUUGUUAAUGUACAGAUUUUAGACAAAAUACCAAUAAUUUUUAUAUUAUUUCAAUUUUGUUGCCGAUAUUCCGGUUUUAAAUAAUAUUUUUAAUCUAUAAUUCGAUUUUCUAUUUAUUUGAUGCCUUUCACAAUUUAUGUAUAUUAAUUUGACAGAAAUACUGGUGAUAUAAACAUAGGUUAAUAAAUGUACAAAAUUUAGUAUUGUUAGUAGGUUUGCAUUCAAAAUCAUGUGCAAUUUCCACUAAGAAAUUUAUAGCUUGAUGAAAGGGGCACAUAAAAUUUGUCAUUGCAUUUUGGCAGUGUAUAGGAAAGAGCGAUUCGUUUGUGCAUUCGAUUCUCAUUCUAUAUGCAUUUCCGAGCCUUGGUCGGGCUCAUACAGUCCUAUUUUUAUACAUUAUGUGAAUUCUUAGUCUUUGUUACAUGCGUUGGAAUGUAAUGAGAUUGUGGAAUGUAAUAAAUGGUGUCAUACCAUGAUAAUAAACAUAUUAAAGUUGAAAAA